AUGGGCGAGCUGUUGAAUAUUUCCGUUCCAUACGGAGCUACGGCCCGCAAGCAGAUGGUACUGCGACAGCAGGUACUGGCUGCAGAUGAUCAUAGACCUGGAAACUCUACCGCACGACAGACCGUCAAAAUGGUCACCGGUCUGCAUCCGGUCGCGUGCCUCAUCCUGUCGAUUGUGAACGUCUAG